CUUUAUUACAGUGCCUCUAUUCUUGCUAUGGAUUAAACACGGUGUAAUCCCGAGAUUCACCAAGCCGUCCUUUAAGCCGGAAAUGGUGCUCCCGCCAACAUUCGUCGGUACUAUUUCUCUCCCGAUCUGCCUCUUCUGGUAUGGAUGGACGGCGCGGGAAAGCGUACACUGGAUCUUGCCUAUUAUAGGCUCUAGUUUGUUCACCGUCGGUGUGGUCACGCUCUUCAAUACCGUGUUCAACUACCUAGGGAUCUCAUACCCUGCAUACGUCGCGUCGAUAUUUGCAGGGAACGCACUCUUCCGAGCCUCGUUUGGAGCUUCAUUUCCUCUUUUCGCACGAGAGCUCUUUCGCCAACUCGGUAUUGGUCCCGGUAAUUCACUCCUUGGCGGCAUUGCUAUCUGCUUCAUUCCUAUUCCUUUCAUCUUCUAUCGGUACGGUGAAAAGAUUCGUCACAUGAGCAAGAAUGCUCGGCAUGAUAUCUGAAGAGAGCGCUUGUAGCAUGCUGUAGAAACUCCGAGUCUAGUCCCCAGUGUGAUAUUUUGAGUAGCUCAAAAAAAAUUACCGAAAGGA